AUGGCGAAGCUAACAAUCCUUGCAGCUGUCCUUGUAGCCCUGGUAGCCCUCGCUCAGGUCUCCGCCCAUCGCACCACCAUCACCACCACCACCGUCGAUGAACAGGACACGAAUCAGCAGUCCCAAAGAAGGUGCCGCGAGCAGUUCCAAAGGCAGCAGCAGCUAAGCCACUGUGAAAUGUACUUAUCGUCCAGGAGCCCGCACGAGUUGGAAGUGAUGAAUCAGCAGCAGCAACAACUCCGACAGUGCUGCCAGCAGCUGGAGAACAUGGACGAGCAGUGCAGGUGCGAGGGAUUAAGGAUGAUGAUGAGGAGGCAGCAGCAGGAGGGACAGAUGCAGGGUGAGGAGAUGAGAGAGAUGAUGGAGGAGGCUCAACAGCUACCUGACAGGUGCAAUAUGCGACCUCGCCGAUGCCAAAUGCAACGCAGCUGGUUCUAA